UCAUCCGCGCACACACAUAACGAUCGACAUCGCGCCGUUUUUAUCUGCCUCACCAGCUCCGGUUUCCCCACGUUCAGCCUUUCCCCCCGUCAACUGCCGCCAUGUUUUUUUGAGACAGGAUGACAGCAGAGAGCGAGCGCAGACGAAGACGGAUAUAAUACUGAAAAACCGUCGAAUUACAGCAUUUUUCGACCAGGCGACGGUCUAUUUUUUAUUGCGGACUCGCGAGGAACUCAUUUCUCGGAUGGGAGGGGGUCCUCCCACAUAAAUCUAAAAUUCACAAAUUAUUAUUUUCUCCGUUCUGAAGUUUAUGCUAUGAAAAAGCAAUAAGUCAGAAGCCUGUCUGAAGAAGAGCCUAUUCCUGCCUGCGCGUAACUACCGCUACCAGCGAACCUACAGGAAUAACCAGACGAGUGAUCUCUGCAUUAACAACUGCUUUACCACAAGUCACCUGCUGUCAAAACGUUGUUUCUUAAGCAAACUCAAGGAAGAAAAACAACUUUUAAUCUAAAGUGAAGAUCCGACAGAUAUUUCAAAGAUGACGGGCAACAUCCCAGUUGACAUGAUCAACUUGAGGCUCAUCUUGGUGAGUGGAAAAACAAAAGAGUUCCUGUUCUCGCCAAACGACUCCGCGGCCGACAUCGCCAAGCACGUGUACGACAACUGGCCAAUGGACUGGGAAGAGGAGCAGGUGAGCAGUCCGAACAUCCUGCGCCUCAUCUACCAGGGCCGAUUCCUACACGGCAAUGUGACGCUAGGAGCUUUAAAACUGCCACUCGGAAAAACCACAGUGAUGCAUUUAGUUGCCAGAGAGACGCUGCCCGAGCCAAAUUCCCAAGGUCAGAGGAACCGGGAAAAGACUGGAGAGAGCAACUGUUGUGUGAUCCUGUAAAUACAUCCCAUCAUCCCUCAGAACGAGUGUGUCCUAUCACCCUUCGCCCAUGCUGCUUAAACACAUCUAAUCACACCCGACUCCCACGAGCACCCGACCAGAUCAAGAGCUUCGCUUCUCCUGGAAAGGAAAAAAAAAAAAGAUAAAAAUCACCUGAGACACGGAUAUGAGAACAUUACGGCUUCGCACAGUCUGUAUUUAAGCCAAAAAAUCAGAUAAUAAAAUGCAUCCCACCUUUACACACACAUUUCCACUGUUUCUAACAUCUUCACACACAUCCAUGAACGCAUUCAAACACACACACACACACACACACACACACACACACACACACUCCUCCCCUUCUGCCAGUUUGCACACGGAGGAGGUCCUCUUUUCUCAGUUUUUUUAUUGCACAUAGUAACAUGAUUGAUUCAGUGAGGAAAAAAGAGACUCGUUCGCCUCAGCCCAGGCGCUUGAUUCUUCCUCUCAGGGGGGAGACGUGUGAGGGGGGGAUUAAUUUACACAGCACAGUGCAGGAGAUCAAGUAUUUAUGUGCCUGUUGAACGUUUUAGAAAUGUUUCUUAUACAUUUCCAUGCGUUUUAAAUGCCCCAUUAAGGUCCUGGAGAUCCAGCAUCCUGCUCUAUUGAGUUCCUGUACGCCAGAAGUGUUUCAAGCACAGUCGGGACUUUUUGGCAGGAAGGUAGAUCUCCAGAAGAUGGUUGGAUUGACUCAUGGGAAAGUCUAAAAUACACAUAACGAGUAACAUUUACAGUAACAUUUGCGACUGUGUUUUGACAGUCAACCAGUGUUGCGACUUCCCUCUUUAGACAGAUCAGAGCUGCUCUCUUUCAGGAAGGGUUAUAAGAUUUAUUCCUUUAUUUUCUAAGUAGGGUAGUGGUGUCAAUGAAUGCUUGCGUUUGGAGCCAGAAGAUAAUUAUGGAAUGAAGUUUGGCUUGGUUUCUAUUUCCCCUUCCUUAUUAGAUAUAAAAUUCGUUUGCACAACACGGAAACAUGAGCUGUUUCGUUUCUAAAGCGGUGUAAUUUUUUCUUUCCCCUACUCCCUUUUUAAUAUUUUUCCAAAUGGGAAGUGUAUUCGAAGGUUACAUAUGUGUAGAGUAUAUUUAAUAUGAAUCUUAUAGAGAACAUAAAUAUAGAUUGUUGAUAUAUAUUGGUGUCUAGUGUAUGAUAGUUUAAAAACCGUUAGCACAUUAGCAUAUGAAGCAGCGAGAUGUACUUUAACAGCAGCAAAUCCCUCUAAUGGCUGAAGAAAUUACUGUUUUCGUCUCUCUUUUUUUUUUUAAUCAAAUGUUCAUAAUUUGAUGUUUUAUUUUUGACUUCAUUUUUCUUUUUAAGUGGUCUUUGCUUUCUGCUUUUUAACACCGCACUAGGUCUGAAAAAUAUUGGUCCUUAUCAGGGUUAAAAUCUGUACAGAGCUGAAGUUUUUAAAAAGAUAAUUGUAAAUAAACUAAUGCUUAUCAUUCUCUAAACUACAAAUGGAAAUACAUAUAUAAACUGAAUAAAGAGUCCAGAAUAUUGAAG